GUUUCCUACCUUAAAUCGGGCCAGGGCUCAGCGUUCGAGCUACAAGUUGUGUCGUCGGUAGGUUCGUGGAGAUUAGAGCCACAAUGAUUGAGGUGGUUUGCAACGACCAUCUAGGAAAGAAAGUUCGCGUUAAGUGCAACACCGAUGACAGCAUCGGGGACUUGAAGAAACUGAUAGCGGCCCAAACUGGCACCCGUUGGAAUAAGAUUGUUCUUAAAAAGUGGUACACGAUUUUUAAGGACCACGUGUCUCUGGGAGAUUAUGAAAUCCAUGAUGGGAUGAACCUGGAGCUUUAUUACCAAUAGAGGGAAGUCCUCUACCUGGCCCCGCCCUGCCUUGCUCUCCCACCCUCAUUUACACUGGUGUAGAUGUUCAUUUUUAACAAUUCACGUGAAUAAAAACUUUGAUGCU